AAAAACAAUAACAAUAAACAAGGUAAAAAAAGAUACAAGGGAUUCUUAAAGAAAAAUAAGAUACAAGGGAGAAAAUAAAAAUAGAGCGAGAGAGAGAGAGAGAGACAGAGAGACGGAGAUGGCAUUGACGGUGGUGAAGGGAGCCUUGAAGUCGAUCAGAGAGAAAGGUCUUGGCACCUUUCUUCGAGAGCUCAAAGAAGAAGGCUACUUGAGGUGCCUUGCUGAUGGAAAUUUGUUGCAAACCAAAAUCCACAACAUAGGGGCAACACUUGUGGGGGUUGACAAAUUUGGUAACAAGUAUUAUGAGAGACUUCAAGACAUGCAAUUUGGAAGGCACCGGUGGGUCGAAUAUGCAGAAAAGAGCCGGUACAAUGCUUCUCAGGUGCCACCAGAAUGGCAUGGUUGGCUUCAUUUCAUAACUGAUCACACAGGAGAUGAGCUCUUGAUGCUGAAACCUAAGAGGUACGGAGCUGAGCACAAGGAGAAUCUUUCUGGAGAAGGUGAGGAGUUUAUAUACCACUCCAAAGGACAUGCGCUCAAUCCUGGUCAGAAAGACUGGACCAGGUAUCAACUUUGGCAACCAACGAAGACACAGUAAUAUUUGGGUCCACCAACUUAUGUAAACUUGGAAUGAUGGCAAUUUAAAUCUGAAGAUCCAUGAAUAAAUUGCAUGUGUUUAUCCGGGGCCAUAGAGCUUUUGGAUUUGUUUUUCUCAAAAGUUACUUUAAAUGUCAACUUCAUACACUCGGAUUGAUGAAACCUUAGUUUGGAAUGUUGGGCCACAUAGAAGUAUCAGCUGAUGCAAUGCAGUUAAUUGGUUUUAGUUGCUGGAGUACUUUGGUGUUUUGAGCUGGAAACUAUUGUAAAGAAAAUAGUGUUGAGACACAAUAAAUCUUCAUUGUUCCUUGUUCAA